AUGGAGGUCGCUCGUACCUCCCUGGUUCAUGCGGCUGCCCCCCACUUUCUGUGGCCGUUUGCAGUCCGAUACGCUGCGCAUCAGCUCAACCUCUGGCCCCGUGUCUCCUUACCGGAGACUUCUCCGACACUGCGUUGGACGGGAGAGGCUGGCGAUGCGUCGCGUUUUCGGGUCUGGGGAUCUCGAGCCUUUGUUCGCGAUACGUCCGCGGACAAGCUCUCCCGUCGCGCUGUCCCCUGUGUCUUCCUUGGCUUUGUCCCGGACGCGCCUGGUUGGCAGUUCUACCACGCCACCUCGCGUCGUGUCCUGGCCUCUCAGGACGUCACUUUUGACGAGUCCGUCCCCUACUACCGCCUCUUCCCCUACCGCACUGCCCCGCUCCCCCCCCCGCCUCUCUUCCUUGCUCCAGGUGCUGAGGUACCAGACCCCCUCCCCCCUCAGGGUGCUGCUCCCUCAGGUGUGUCCCAGGUAGACCCGGUUGAGCCUGUCGAGGUAGCUGUUGACUCUCGUCCUGCUGGGGGUGCUGAGCCUGACCGUGAGGAGUCUGAGGGUACUGAGCCUGGGGGUGCGGAGCCUGGGGGUGAGGAGCCUGGGGGUGCGGAGCCUGGGGGUGCUGAGCCUGGGGGUGCUGAGUCUGGGGGUGCUGAGCCUGGAGGUGCUGAGCCUGGGGGUGCUGAGUCUGGGGGUGCUGAGCCUGAGCGUACUACACCUGGAGGAGCCCUCUCCUCCCGGCAGCUGCAGGAGAGGUACCUACAGUACUGCCGCCUCCGGAGAGGUACUACUGGAGCUCGUACCAGUACUUCCCCUCCUGCCCAGGAGCUCCCCCCCAUUCAGCAGAUCCGAGAGUGGUACACGCGGCGCUGCAGUCUUCGGAGUGGUGCUCCUGGUGCUGCGGACCCUGGGGGUGGCGCUGCUACUGGUACUGAGGACCCGGGCGUUGGGGCUGCUGCUGGAGCUGAGGACCCGCGCGGUGGAGCUGCUGCUGGUGCUGAGGACCCGAGCGGUGGAGCUGCUGCUGGUGCUGAGGACCCGGGCGGUGGCGCUGCUGCUGGUGCUGCGGACCCGGGCGUUGGAGCUGCUGCUGGAGCUGAGGACCCGGACGGUGGAGCUGCUGCUGGUGCUGAGGACCCUGCCGCUGGUGUCUCUGCUGGUUCUGGAGACGCUACGCGGCCGCGACCGUACUUCGUACCACUUCUUCAGCAGGUUCUUGGUCAGGCUCCUCCUCCUUGUCCUCCUCCCUCCGUAGCGUGUCCUCCGCCUGUCCAGUCGCAGUCACAGUUCCCGCCUGCCUCGCCUCUCCCUGCUCCCUCUCCUUACACUGGUCCCACAAGAGGUCUUACAGAGCGUCGUGAGCCUGAGUCUCGUCCUGCGUCGCCUGUUCGUCCUGCUCGCACUGGUCGUCGUGUCCCACGUGAGCGUCCUCCUCCUGUCCCUGGCACUCACUACAUGACUCUGCGUCCCUCCACUGCUCCUCAGCGUGUUCCGCUGCCGUCUCCUCCUGCGUCCUCUCUGCCUACUCUUCCUGAUCCGGAGUCUGACUCCCGUCGUGCUGCCAGUCCCACUGUCACGCGCCUCCUCGCUACUGUUGUCACUGACCCUACCUUUGAGUCUUCUGCUGCGUCUGCUCUGGUCGCUGAGUUGAUAGACUUUGCUGCCCGGUGUCGUCUAGACUACGCCACUAGCCUUGUUGCUGAGUCUGAGUCUGAGUCUGUCUGUCCUCCGUCCGUCGGGGGUGAGUGUGCUCUUGGCACGGACGUCCUUGAGGACAGACAGGAGGAGUUCCAGUGCCUUGCUGCUGCUUUGCCCCACCUCGUGUCCAUGCUAGUUGCCCCUGAGGGAGACCCGGAUGCACCAGACAUCCCGACCCCGCGCACCUACGCUGAGGCGAUGGCGGGUCCCUACUCCUCUCAGUGGCAGACAGCCAUGGACGCAGAGAUGGCUUCCUGGAAGUCCACACGCACCUACGUCGACGAGGUUCCCCCACCUGGGGCGAACAUCGUCAGUGGCAUGUGGAUUUUCAAGGUGAAGCGGCCACCUGGUUCUCCUCCGGUCUUCAAGGCGCGCUACGUGGCUCGAGGCUUCAGUCAGCGAGAGGGAGUAGACUUCUUCCAGACCUUCUCCCCCACCCCGAAGAUGACCACUCUUCGGGUGCUGCUGCACAUAGCCGCUCAGCGCGACUACGAGCUUCACUCACUUGACUUCAGCACUGCUUUCUUGCAGGGCAGCCUGCACGAGGAGAUCUGGCUGCGCCGCCCUCCUGGCUUCACUGGGUCGUUUCCUCCUGGUACCCAGUGGAGGCUUCAGCGGCCGGUCUACGGUCUCCGCCAGGCACCACGUGAGUGGCACGACACACUGAGGACGACACUUGCGGCUCUUGGGUUCGCUCCCUCCACUGCUGACCCGUCACUGUUUCUACGCACAGACACCUCGCUGCCGCCGUUCUACAUCCUCGUGUACGUCGACGACUUGGUCUUUGCCACUGCUGACACCGCGGCACUCGCCCACGUGAAGUCGGAGCUGCAGAGGAGACACACGUGCACAGACCUGGGUGAACUGACAAGCUAUCUUGGCUUGCGGAUCACUCGGGACAGAGCACGGCGCACCAUCACCUUGACUCAGUCACACAUGGUGCAGCAGAUCCUUCAGCGCUUUCGCUUCACGUACUCCUCGCCUCAGUCCACUCCUCUGCCUACCGGUCACUCGCUCUCAGCUCUACCUUCGGAUGAGUCCGUAGAGCCGAGUGGCCCAUAUCCAGAGCUUGUGGGCUGCCUCAUGUACCUGAUGACCUGCACUCAACCUGACCUUGCAUACCCUCUUAGCAUCCUUGCACGCUAUGUCGCUCCUGGCUGUCACAGGAAGGAGCACAUGGAUGCCGCUAAGAGGGUGUUGCGCUACUUGUGCAGUACGUCGGGCAUGGGGCUAGUGCUUGGAGGGCGAGACCGAGUUGUACUUACUGGACACUCAGACGCUUCUUGGGCGGACGACCAGGCUACUCAGCGGUCGUCUCAGGGUUACACCUUCAGCCUUGGCUCCGGCUCAGUUUCUUGGCGUUCUACACGCUCUUCUUCUGUUCUCAGCUCCAGUUGUGAGGCUGAGAUCUACGCCACAGCCAUGGCUGCCCAGGAGCUACGCUGGCUGACCUACCUGCUGACCGACUUGGGAGAGCGGCCUCGUUCUCCUCCAGUGCUGUACGUCGACAACAAGGCUGCCAUUGCCUUGUGUGAGGAGCACAGACUGGAGCACAGAACGAAGCACAUCGCCCUGCGGUACUUCCUUGCUCGAGAGCUGCAGCAGCGUGGUCAGCUUUGUCUGCGUUACGUGGCCACUGAGGCCAACCUUGCUGAUGUGUUCACCAAGGCGCUUCAGCCUUGUGACCAUCAGCGUUUCUGUACUCUUCUAGGCCUUGUGCCUGCUGGACCUCACUUGCUUACUUCUUGA